GUCGAAAUCUUCACUCUGCAGACACCGUUUCGUCCAUUUUGCUGGUUAGAUUCUUGCAAUUCGUGAAACGGGCUUACGACAUAAAAAUGUUGAGUUUUGUUGCUCGUUCGGCGAAUGUAUCCUCUGCAACUGUGGCUGCCACGCAAACGGUAGCUAAUGGCACUAAAGCUCUGUGCCCAGCUGUUUCAAUCCAAAUUGAACGAACGUUGGUUCCGCCAGCACCUCAAAAACUAACGACCAACUCUUUAACGGCUAGUUUGCCGAAAAACCCGAUAAGAGCAGCUGCGUCGCUUGGUGGUCCUAUCCAGGUGCGAUUUGCACACACAGAUAUCCAAGUUCCAGAUUUCUCUGCCUACAGACGCAGCAGUGUCAAAAACAGCACUGCUGAUACUAGGUCUAGUGCAGCUAGCCGACAAGGGUUUUCAUACCUUAUUGUUGGCAGUGGAGCGGUUGGGGGUGCUUAUGCUGCUAAAUCAGUAGUUGGUGAAUUUGUCAGUUCCAUGAGUGCUUCAGCUGAUGUUUUGGCUUUGGCCAAGAUUGAAGUCAAGCUCAACGAUAUCCCUGAGGGUAAGAAUGUUACUUUCAAAUGGCGUGGAAAGCCUCUCUUCAUUCGGCAUCGUACUGCGGCCGAAAUUGACGCAGAAAGCAACGUUGAUCUGUCUUCAUUGCGUGAUCCGCAACUGGACUCGGAACGUGCCCAACGCCCUGAAUGGCUUGUCUUACUUGGAGUCUGCACCCAUUUGGGUUGUGUACCUAUCGCAAAUUCAGGCGAUUAUGGCGGUUACUAUUGCCCUUGCCAUGGUUCUCACUACGAUUCAUCGGGUCGCAUUCGCAAAGGACCGGCUCCCUUGAACUUGGAGAUCCCGGUCCAUACUUUUGUGGACGAAAGCACCUUAGUAGUUGGUUAA